AUGAUCUUUGAUCGCAUCCUCCUCAACCGCCUGAACAACCACCUGGAACAGGGCCUUCUGCCGGAAAGCCAAUGCGGCUUCCGUCGUCAUCGUGGGACCAAGGAAAUGAUCUUCGCCACCCGUCAACUUCAGGAGAAGUGCCAGAAGAUGCGGACCCACCUAUACUCUACCUUCGUGGACCUGACGAAAGCCUUCGACACGGUGAAUCGUGAAGGACUGUGGAAGAUCAUGCAAAAAUUCGGCUGUCCGGAGCGAUUCACUCAGAUGGUGCGUCAGCUGCACGACGGUAUGAUGGCGCGAGUCACGGACAACGGAGCUGUCUCAGAGGCAUUCGCAGUGACCAACGGAGAGAAGCAGGGAUGCGUCUUAUGUUCUCUGCCAUGUUAAUGGACACCCAUCGUGAUGAGCACCCCGGGAUCCGCAUCGCCUACAGGACGGACGGUCACCUCCUGACUCAACGGCGGAUGCACUCCUAAUCGCGCAUAUCCACAAUCACCGUUCACGAACUUUUCUUCGCGGACGACUGCGCCCUGAUCACCACCUCGGAAGAGGAGAUGCAACGCAGCAUGGACCUGUUCUCCGCCGCCUGCAAGAAUUUCGGUCUGGUCACCAACACGCAGAAGACGGUGGUCAUGCAUCAACCGCCUUCCGACUCAGCCACAACCCCCAAAGUGCCGCAAAUUAGCGUGAAUGAGACCCAACUGCAAGUGGUGGAGAACUUCCCGUACUGGGCAGUACCCUCUCCUGCAACAACAAGAUCGAUGACAAAGUCGCCAAGAGGAGCUCGAAAGCCAGUCAAGCCUACGGCCGCCUCCAAAGCACAGUUUGGAAUCGUCAUGGUCUCCAACUGAGCACGAAGCUAAAGAUGUACAAGGCCGUCAUCCUGCCGACGCUGCUGUACAAGGCGGAGACUUGGACGGUGUACACAAAGCAGGCACGCCGACUGAACCACUUCCACCUCCGUUGUCUCCGUCGCAUCCUGAGGUUGAACUGGCAGGAUCGCAUCCCUUACACUGAUGUGCUGGAAAGGACGGGAAUCCUCAGUAUCUAUACCAUGCUGAGACAAAUGCAGCUGCGCUGGAGCGGCCACCCGCCGCCAAAGCGAAACGCGAAGCUCCCAACUCUCACCUUCGCCCAGUUCGCAACGCUGACGUACAACCGCUAUCAACGUGUCCUCAAUUUCAACGGAAAUUACGGGCUCGAAUCGGACUUGUUGGGCAUCUUCGGAUCAACUGUACCUCGGGGACCGCACCAACCGCCAUCCCUCCACCCGCCUCUUCCCCGUCCUACCUGCCGCCAACUACCUCUGGCAAUUCUUCUGAACCUCCACUUCCAUCCUCCUCCUCCACCACCACUUCCUGCACAUCCUCCUCCUGCUCCUCAACCAUUGUCCCAACGAUUGCCGCUCAGGCGGGCGUCUCGCACAUCACCAACCCUGACACAACAACCGACACCACUCCCACUUCCUCGGACUCCAGCGAUGAGGAUCAGGACUACACCUGCUCUCACUGCGACCGCACCUUCACUUCACACAUCGGCCCAAUCAGUCACUUGCGAAUCCAUCGCACAGAGACUGGCGAAUCAGUGCCUGGAGCACCAAACUACACCCACAGCACUCGCCUCCACUGCCGGCUCUACCCUCGCACCUUCACGCAUCGCAUGGGCCUUUUCGGCCACAUGCGCAUCCACGAGAGCGGCAUUGACCGCAGUAACGACUCAUCCAUUAUGCUAACCCCCACCCCCACCUCAUCACCCUGUGCCCCCCCCCCGUCCUUCCCGCAACUGACACCGACGCCACCGACUUCACCUGCCCACACUGUCCACGCACAUUCAACUCUCGCAUCGGCCUGGUUAGUCGCUUGCGAAUCCAUCGCACAGAGACUGGAGAACCAGUGCCUGGGGCACCAACCCAUACCCACCAAGCUCGAAUCAACUGCCCACACUGCCCUCACACCCUCCGGCAUCGCAUCCACACAUUCCCGAACUUCCUCUACCACCACCACACAUCAACACUCACCUACCGCAAGCACCCAACUGCCACCACCCACGCAAGUGGGAAGUCCGGAUCUCGACUCGGUCCACAUGCAGCUUCGGCUGCAGGGGUGA